GUUGGCGUUGUUUUAAUUGACGGUACGCCCAACAGCUUGAGAAAGGCAAAGUGGACUGGCCUAUGAUUUACAGGAUGAAAAUGGAGGGUCUGAUCAACAUAUUUCACCUUCUCGAUCUUGUGAGCAGCCUGCCACCAACAUCGGUGCGGAAUGAAUGUUCGUUCUCCAUCAUGAAGAUCACCAAGACAAAGCGAAGGGCCUAGAUAAAGGAAAAACUCUGAACAACUUGAUGACUGUCAAUCUUCAAGGACCUUCAAUAUCAGAGUUUGACCCUAAGGAAGCUGUGGAGCCCUUCAUGGUAUCUAGUAAAAGGAGAGCAGGGGGUUAUCAGAAGAAGACCAGCAGAAUAGCUACAUCUGAUGUGCUAACUGAGGAGGGGCAGCCCCAGGUCGAGACCUCUGACAUCGAAGAAUGCGAUUCUGAGGAUACGAAAGAGGCUGGAUCAGAUGAGGAAGCUGACUUGGAGGUCGAUAAGGAUGAAAUAAAUUAGAGAGUUUUAAUGUAUUCUCAAGAUUGUUGAAUAAAUGAAUGCUUCUUU